AUGGCUUUCUCCCAGGUGCAGUGCCUGGACGACAGCCACGUCAACUGGAGGUCCAGCGAGUCCAAGCCUGAGUUCUUCUACAGCGAGGAGCAACGCCUGGCCCUGGAGGCACUGGCCUCCCGUGGCCGCGACGCCUUCUACGAGGUCCUGAAGAGGGAGAACAUCAGGGACUUCCUCUCCGAGCUGGAGCUCAAGAAGAUCCUGGACACGCUGGAGACGUACGACCCCGGCUCCGAGUACAUCCCGCGCCACGGCGGCAGCACAGCGGGGAGCGAAGGGGAUGGCAACAGCCAAGGGGACGAGCAGGACAUGGCUCCUUCCCUGGAGUACUGGCCCCAGAGGUCCGACCGCUCCAUCCCGCAGCUGGACCUGGGCUGGCCCGAGACCAUCGCCUACCGCGGGGUCACCCGCGCCACCGUCUACAUGCAGCCGCCCAUCGAGGGGCAGGCGCACAUCAAGGAGGUGGUGAGGAAGAUGAUCUGCCAGGCUCAGAAGGUCAUCGCGGUGGUCAUGGAUAUGUUCACUGAUGUAGACAUCUUCAAGGACCUCCUGGACGCAGGCUUCAAGAGGAAAGUGGGGGUCUACAUCAUUUUGGAUGAGACCAACGUGAAGCACUUCCUGCAGAUGUGCGAGCGAGCCCAUAUGCACACCGGGCACCUAAAGAACCUGCGCGUCCGCAGCACCGGGGGGACGGAGUUCUUCACGCGCUCGGCCACCAAGUUCAAGGGGGCUUUGGCCCAGAAGUUCAUGUUCGUGGACGGGGAUCGAGCCAUGUGUGGAUCCUACAGCUUCACCUGGUCUGCGGCGAGGACGGACCGAAACGUCAUCACAGUCCUCUCGGGCCAAGUGGUGGAGGCGUUUGACAAGCAGUUCCAGGAGCUCUACCUCAUGUCCAAGGGGGUGAGCCUCAAGUCCAUCUCCAUGGGUGAAGAGCCCGAACCUGAGCCCGUAACGCUGCCCUCGGUCGUGCCGGUGACCCCCGCCAACGCCGUGGUGAAGAAGCUGAUAAACCCUAAAUACGCCCUGGUGAAGGCCAAGAGCGCUGACCAGAUCAGCAAGACUUCGUCUGAGAACCAGGACAAGAACCAGAAGGCAGACAACAAAGGCAAAGCUGUGCCCGAGGGCCCGGGGGGCGACCGGCAUGGGGACAUGGCAGACCUCUCCCUGCUCAUCCACCCCGGCCUCCUGAAUCUGGAGAAAGCCAACAUGUUUGACUAUCUGCCCACCUGGGUGGAGCCUGACCCCGAGCCCGGGAGCGAAGUCUUGGGCUACAUCAACAUCAUUGACCCCAAGAUCAAGAACGUGAAGCUCUCGCAGAUGAACCGCAUCAAAGUGUGCGACGUCUCCCAGGCCAGCGCCCAGCACCGGCAGAUGCUGAAGAACAGGGAGAUGGAGGCCAAGAAAAACUCAGACCAAGAGCCACCUCUGCUGUCCCCCUGCCAGAGACAGAUCCCACAGCCUCCCAUGGAAGCCCCUACAGCGCCCACUACCAGCCACAUGGAAGGCAUCAGCUGGACAACGAAGCAAGCAGGAACAUUUGCCUCUUCACCCUUGGGCCACCACUUGAAGCCACAGGAGGAGACACUGGAGACCAUCAAACCACCAGUUCCAAAGCCAAGGACCGUCCCCGUUGGUGUCCUCGUGACCAAAGUCAUUACAACCUGUGACAGCAGCACUGCCCUGGAGGGUGACACGCAACCACCGCUGGCCGACCAUAAGGGUGUGAAGCAGGAGCGGGAGGAGAAACCCAACGGAGCUUCCAUGGAGACCUGCCACCUCCAGCCAGACCGGCCCGUGGCAGGGCCACAAGAGGACAAAGGGCCUCCCUGCUCCCACAACGGGCUGGGAGAAGAGGAGGAGGAGGAGGAAGAGGAGUAUAUCACUCUCAGUGACCAGGAGAGCUACUCCAGCAGCUCUGCUGACCACAGCUACCGCCGCUCCAACGCCUCCUCCAUCUCGGACGAGUACUUCGAGGUGAGGGAUCGCUACGGGCCGCUCCGGAGAACCAACUCGGACGUCACCCACAAUGGGGAGAUCCUUCCCAUGCAGAGGAAGCUCAGUGACCCCCACAUCAGCCGAGGCACCUUCCUCAGCCCCCUGGGCAGCCUCCCAUCCCUGAAGCACGUCCGCGUGGAGGACGUGACGAAGAGGAGGAGCAACGCCGUGGAGAUCAGGCGUGUGCUGCCCCGCACCAUCCUGGAUGGCAACAGCUCCUACCCCAGCAGUGCCACCCAGGGGACGCACAUCUAUCGCUACCGACCCAGGACCCCCGCGGGCAGAGAGCAGGGCAAGGAGGUCUCCUGCUCCCCGACGCACGAGAAACCCCUCGGGGCCACCAAGUACAGAGGGGAUGGAGCAGAACCCAAAAAGACCAUUGCAGGCAGCCAGCCCUACUGGCAGAGCAAAGCCUUCAGCCCCAGCAAGCCCACGGCGCCCGGCCACCUCUCCCCGAGCAACCCCAGAGCGUCGGGCAAACGCUUCACCUCCCUGCCCGAGAGCCAGAAGCCAGCUGAGGAGAUGAGGACGCCCCUCGGCAUCCCGCUCUCCAAACUGUCCCAGUCCAAGCACCUCAAGAACAGGGUUGCGGGAGCCCCGGGUGCUUCCGUGGACUCCAAAAAGCAGCCCCCCGAGAGCACGGGCCAGAAGGAGCACUAGGGGCUUCAUGGUGGUCCCCGCGGGGCGAGAGCGGUGGUAGAGCGUUGCCUGGAGCCCAGGCCACGCCGCGUUACACGGGGCAGGGGGUUCUUGUUUACAUUUACCUGGUCGGUGCACCAGUACCACGUGGCCAUGAUGGACAGCCCAAAAGUCAUCCCGGUCCAGGGCAGGUCUCCGGAGACCGGGUCUCGGAAGAGGUGCAUGGCAUCCGCUCUGGGCAGGUGGCAGGUAGUGUUGGGAACGAUCUUGGACGGCACCGCUUUUCCAUAGGCCUCUUCCAGGUUGGGGUAACCUCCGAUCUCAUUAAAAGCUGGAAAGCACCAUUGGGGCAGGUGGUCAGAGUGCAGUAAAACCCAGUGGUCUGUGAGAUCAGCUGGCAGAGCACUCACCAGCUCAUUAACCCAGAAGCGCUGCCCAGAGAGGGAGGGCUCAUCCGUGAUCGUGUUUUCUUCUAGUUAUUUAAGAGACUCUUCUAUUACCAUUUUGCACAGCAGGUCCCAUUGCAGUCCACUCUCCCUUUGGAGGGUGACCCGAGUCCUGGGACAAAGGCUCCUCAAGGGACCCACCUCUUUUAACCUUGUACUGUAAAAGCAACCUGUUCAUUAAAGCUCCCUGGUCCCAGGGCAGGGGAACCUUGCCCAGGACUAUUGAAAUGCAAGAUUAGGUGGCCUUCCACUCGAUAAACUGCAGCUCAAGGUGCCUUGGCACAA